AUGAUGUGGACAUACUUUCACACGACGCUAAACGAUGACGUUCUAUUCAAAUUUUGGAGAGUUCAGACUGCUGGAGGUUAGUAUGAACUUCUUUUUGGCAUUCCUUUUUAGACAUGGCAAUAACUUGCGCAAUUAUGUUCUCGCUGGCAUUUUUCGUCGAAUUGCUGAAGCAUAUCCGCGGACAAAUUGAGCGCAAAGCAUAUUUAGACUGGUAAGCUAUAAUAAUAGAAUCAAUAUUGUCAUCACUUCUCACUUGUAGUACGGCAAAUUCGACCUACUCAUCGAGACUUACCCGGCCUUCCCACCUCCUCCAAACCGCCCUUUUCUUUGUUCAGUUGAUCUUCAGCUACAUGUUGAUGUUGGUUGUGAUGACAUUUUCGCUAUGGCUAAUUGCCGCGAUCCUGCUUGGAACCGGACUAGGACAAUACAUAUUUGUCGCCAGAAGCAUUGCAGACAGCUCAGGGCAUCCAGCGCUAGCUAAUGCGGGAUUUUAG